UUUGUGUUGCAGUCAUUUUUAAUAGUUGCAACAAGCUUUUAAGAGUAAUAGAAAAGAAUUAUCAGUGUAGAAAGAAGAAAGAGAAAAAAAGAAUGGGGGAAAUAGGGUUUCUGGGGAUUGGUAUUAUGGGAAAAGCAAUGGCGGUGAACCUGCUGCGCCAUGGUUUCAAGGUUACUGUUUGGAAUCGCACUCUCUCCAGGUGUGAUGAGCUAGUGCAACAUGGAGCCUCUGUUGGAGAAACUCCUGCAGCAGUAAUCAAGAAAUGCAAGUAUACAAUUGCAAUGUUGUCUGAUCCAGCUGCAGCUCUUUCAGUGGUUUUUGACAAACACGGAGCACUUGAGCAGAUAUGUGGCGGAAAGGGCUAUAUAGACAUGUCAACCGUUGAUGCUGAUACUUCUUCACAGAUUAGCCAGGUCAUUACAUCAAAGGGUGGUUCUUUCCUUGAAGCUCCAGUUUCAGGGAGCAAAAAGCCAGCUGAAGAUGGCCAACUAGUAAUCCUAGCAGCUGGUGACAAGGAUCUGUACGAUCAAGUAGUACCUGCUUUUGAUGUCUUGGGAAAGAAAUCUUUUUUCUUGGGACAGAUUGGGAAUGGAGCAAAAAUGAAACUUGUUGUUAAUAUGAUAAUGGGCAGUAUGAUGAAUGCGUUUUCGGAAGGAAUUGUAUUGGCUGACAAAAGUGGAUUGGACCCUCAUACCCUUCUUGAUGUGUUGGAUCUUGGAGCCAUUGCUAACCCAAUGUUCAAAAUGAAAGGACCUGCCAUGAUAAAAAAUAGCUACCCACCUGCAUUUCCUCUGAAACAUCAGCAGAAGGACAUGAGGUUGGCUCUUGCACUCGGAGAUGAGAAUGCAGUGCCAAUGCCAGUGGCAGCUGCUGCAAAUGAGGCAUUCAAGAAGGCAAGGAGCUUGGGCUUGGGAGACCACGACUUUUCGGCUGUGUUCGAGACUCUCAGCAAAUGAG